GCCCCAGAGGCCUCGGCUUCCUGGGGCCUGGGCUGAUCGCGCCUUCUGCCCUAGCCCUUGACUGGUCGGGGCCUCAUGGAGCCCCCGGGGGCGGCCCGGCCCAGCCCGGAGCUCGUGUAUCAGCUGGCCGGGGCCCUGGGCACCGAGCUGCAGGGGCUCGCUAGCCGCUUCGGGCACGAAGCGGUGGCCCGGCUGGUGCCCUAUGUGGUGCGGGCGCUGGAGCUGCUAGAGGGCGCGGCAGUGGCAGGGACGCCCCUCGAGCCCGAGGAGGAGGAAGAGAAAGGGGAGGGAGCGGGGGGAUGGGCCCCGAGGAGCCCCCCGCGAGAGCUGGGGGACGAGAACGAGCAGCUCCGCGGGCGGCUGCGGGACGGUCCACGGGAGGAGCGGCUCCUGCUGCGGCAGCUGAAGCAAGUGACCGACCGGCAACGAGACCAGAUCCGCGCGCAGAGCCGGGAGCUACAGCUGAGGGUGCAGGAGGCGGAGGCGUUGCAGGAACAGCUGCAGAGACUUCUGCGGGUGAACGGGGAGCUCCGGUGCAAGCUGGCUGCCGUGCAGGCCCAGCUGCGGGCGGCGCUUCAGAGGGCAGCCGACGCGGAGGAAGUCCCAGCUCAGACUGGGGCACAGGAGGCGCCCGAGGCUGUUUCCCGUCUGUCCGACGCUGAGCCUCUGGGCCAGGGGAAGCCCGAUGGCUUCAGCAGAGAGGAGGUCAGCCAGAUCCUGCAGGAGCGGAAUGAGCUCAAAGCCAACGUGUUCCUACUGCAGGAAGAGCUGAAUUAUUACCAUCGGGAGCUGCUUACUGACCAGCGGAUCCCCAGGCUCCUGCUUAAUGCUAUGAAAUUGACUGUGAAGAAACAACGGAGAAAGAUCAAGGCUAAGAUGCUGGGGACCACUGACGAGCCAGGGAGCAGUGACAGUGGUGACAAUGACGAAGAUGACGAUGAAGCCUCCUGGCUACCACCCUCUGUUGUGGAUGGAGCAAGCCCACCUGCGCCCCCUGAAUCCCGAAUCAGGAGUUUCUUCAGCCUUUGGUAUCGGGGAAUCUCAGAGCCCUCUGCAGAACUCCCACAAACUGGAGACCCCACCUGCUCCCAGGGAGAGCUGAGGGUGGAAGAAAAGGAGCCACCACCACCACCCUCCGAGCCCUUGGAGGGACCCCAUGACCACCCAGCUUGACCAAGCCCUGGCUCAGUCCUUUCAAUAAACAUCAUAGAAUGUUGUAGCUAGGCCCCUUGGAUGCCUGGCAUGUAGCAGGUGCCUAAUAAAUGCUGUUGACUGAC